AUGCGUCCGCUAGACGAGAAGGAGACCACGAUGGUCUUCGACAAGCUCUUCAAGUUCACCGGCCCCAACCUGAAGCACCUCACCGUCCACGCGCUCGACCUCCUCGCCGCCCACGCGCGCCGCCGCAUCUGGCUGAAGCCCGACAUGGAGCGCCCGUUCCUCUUCGGCAAUUCCGUGCCCACGUCCGCGCUCGCGCGCAUCACCGAGAACACCAAAUCCGGCGAUGGCGUCGUCGUCAUGUCCAUGGCCGACGUGCCGCUUGGGUUUGGGGUCGCCGCCAGGGGCGCGCAGGACUGCAGAAAGGCCGACACCAACGCCGUGGUGGUGCUCCACCAGUCCGACGCCGGCGGGUACCUCCGCAAGUAG